AUGCUCGUCGAGCUGAAGAACGGCGAAACCCUCAAUGGCCACCUGGUCAUGUGCGAUACGUGGAUGAACCUCACAUUGAAGGAGGUCGUCCAAACGAGUCCGGAAGGCGACAAGUUCGUCAAGAUACCCGAAGUUUACGUCAAAGGAAACAAUAUCAAAUACCUACGAGUACCCGACGACAUCAUUGACGUUGUGAAGGAGAACCAACAGAACCAGCAAGGAGGAUUCCGCGGUGGCAGAGGUGGAUCGAGAGGAGACCACGGAGGCCGCGGUGGUGAUAGAGGUCGGGGCAGAGGCCAGGGCCGUGGAGGCAGAGGAAGAGGUAACCGUGGUGGUGGUGGUGGUGGCGGGCAAUGA